UCGGUAUCCUUCGAGUCAUCAUCGAAGAGUCACGACACGAGUAAUCAUUCGAACAUACUCGGCUGAGAACAAGCUGCAAAGAUUUUAUCAAGCAACGAAGAACUUAUCAAAAGCAAUACCGACAACACGUGUACAAUCACGCGCAUGAUCGAGUUGAAACAUAAUUAUAUAAUGUUCUCAACUCCUAAAUACGUCACGAUGUUCUCAAUGAAAUGGGAUGUGCCGAAAAUGUCAAGGUCGCUGUCCUACGACAAGCUAAGAAUAGCGAUUCAGUUUUGUCUGCCCAAUACGGAAACACUUUACACUUACGCGCAAUGAGGUCGAUAACAGUUAUCAUUCAUUCUUAUAAUUAAAAAAAAAAAAUGAAUUUUAAAAGAUUUCGUCUUUACUAAUAUUGUUACAAUAUUCAUGUAAUAUGCAGCGUAAUGUAUUGCGACUGCUCUUACCACAUCUGAAGCAAUAAAAGAUAACAAACCAUGAUUAUCGCUUAUGCUAUAAAUCGAUAACUUACAAUUGCAAGCUAUUUCAUCAUAAAGAAACUGUAAAGGUGAGACAUACAAUUAUGCAGCUAUAUAUGUAUGCAUGUAUUCAAUUUUUCUUUCGUUUAACUUCAUUCUACAGCACUAUGUAUUUAUGUCGUCCAGGCAACUGUUAUAAACCGUGACAGUUCAUUUUUCUGUGGGUAGCGAAAGAAAGCCGUCCAAAAUUUUUUGUAAUUCAAUGAAAUAUUAAUUCCUUUUUGGUCCAACGAACCAAGCAAAUUCAAAGUAUUAUAAUAUAUUUUUCACGAAACGCAAUUUCCAAAAUUUUCAAAAUGCGUGAAUGUAUUUCGAUGCACGUGGGUCAAGCUGGUGUCCAAAUGGGCAACGCAUGUUGGGAACUGUAUUGUCUGGAACAUGGGAUUCAACCGGACGGAACGAUGCCAUCAGAUAAAGUGACUGGCACUAAUGAUUGCUUCAACACGUUUUUCAACGAAACCAGCUCCGGUAAAAUGGUACCGCGGGCUGUAAUGGUCGAUCUGGAGCCUACGGUUGUCGACGAAGUACGGAUGGGACUGUACAAGCAGCUGUAUCAUCCUGAACAAUUGAUCACCGGCAAAGAAGAUGCCGCGAACAAUUACGCUCGCGGUCACUAUUCGAUCGGCAGGGAAGUGAUAGACUCCGUAAUGGACAGAGUACGAAGAUUAACCGAUCAGUGUACCGGUCUGCAAGGGUUUUUCGUGUUUCACUCGUUCGGAGGUGGUACCGGCUCAGGGUUCACUUCUCUGCUGAUGCAAAAAUUGUCCGAAGACUACGGGAAAAAGAGCAAACUAGAGUUUGCAGUUUACCCUGCGCCUCAAGUAUCAACGGCGGUCGUAGAACCGUACAAUGCAAUUUUGACGACGCAUACCACGAUCGAGCAUUCGGACUGUGCAUUCAUGGUCGACAACGAAGCAAUUUAUGAUAUCUGUCGACGAAAACUCGGUAUCGAGCGGCCUUCUUACGCGAAUCUCAACCGCCUUAUCAGUCAAGUGGUGUCAUCGAUAACCGCGUCCUUGAGAUUCGAUGGUGCCCUAAACGUGGACUUGACAGAAUUCCAAACGAAUUUGGUACCAUAUCCUAGAAUCCACUUCCCGCUGGCCACCUACGCCCCAGUAGUGUCCGCCGAUAAAGCCUUUCACGAGGGGAUGUCCGUCGCCGAGAUCACUUCCGAAUGCUUCGAGGCAUCCAACCAGAUGGUAAAGUGCGAUCCGCGUGAAGGAAAAUACAUGGCCUGUUGCUUAUUGUAUCGCGGUGACGUCGUCCCGAAGGACGUAAAUGCUGCUAUCGCUGCUAUGAAGGGUAAAAGUUGCAUACGUUUCGUCGAUUGGUGCCCGACCGGCUUCAAAGUCGGUAUUAAUUACAGGCCGCCAACUGUCGUUCCCGGUGGAGACCUCGCCAAGGUGCAAAGAGCAGUUUCAAUGCUGUCGAAUACUACAGCAAUAGAAGAGGCAUGGGCCAAGUUGAACUACAAGUUUGACCUUAUGUAUAAUAAGCGAGCGUUUGUUCACUGGUACGUUGGUGAAGGAAUGGAAGAGGGCGAGUUCGCGGAAGCCCGCGAUGAUCUUGCUGCUCUCGAGCGUGAUUACGAGGAAGUGGCCCUUGAAUCAUCGAGCAGUCCAGACGCCUCUUUAGAAUAUUGAAUACAAAACAGAUUCGUACCUGUCCUUUGGAUCGUAUCAUGACGGCAAUACCAGGCUACCUGACCGCGCGAAAUUCAAGUCGAGGACGAGACGAUAAAUUGAAAUUUUUACUUACAAUUUUGAUCGUUGCAAGAAGAUUAUACAUAAACGAUAAUGGUCAGAUUGAAAUGGUCGAACGUGAAUCAGAUAAAAAAAAUGAAUUCAAUGAAAUGACUACUAAAGAACUAAUGAUAGUUAUAUAUAUAUAUAUAUAUAUUAUACUUAAAAUCAAUUUAGCUGAAAGCGUCAAGGCCCAGACAUUUCCGGUACAUGCGGCGCUUCCGAUUGUAUUUGUGUGGGUGUCAUCUCUACCUCAGGGGCUGGAUUUGGCAGAGCUAUACCAAGCCGAGAUGUUAGCGAAGACAGUGCGCUAGAGAAUGGAUUAAGUGACAACGAGGAGGGUGUGAAUUGUUCUGGUGGCAAAUCCUGAUAGAGCUGGGGCGCAGUCGACGUAGGUUGCAGAUGCUUCAAUGGAUUGUGGUCCUCCGAUAAAGAAAUUAAUCCUCCUUCCAUACGCAUUCUCUAAAAUAGCAUUACAUGACACGCAAACCUAGUAAACCACCUGCAUCUAUAUCUUCUGAUAACUUCUCCAAUUCUUCUAUAAUGGGUCUUGUACCUGUUUGAGGCCUUUCUCUGAUUAUAUAAUAUCGAGUUGAAGCUCCAAAGUGAAAUGUACUAUCGAUUGGUAGCUGUGUGGGUUUGUGAGGCUCCAAUCGCAGAUUUCCAAUGAAGGUUCCAUGUGCUGAAAAGUUAAUUUAUAUUAGUAAUCGGUAAUGAAAGCUUGAAAGAAGUAUAGAAACACUUACUGCUACCCAAAUCAACAAGAAACACACGGUUCAGAUGUUUAUGGUAAACAAGAGCUGCGUGGACACGGGAACAAGAGGCAUGGUCUAUACAAAAAUCAUUUAAUUGUUGAUUACGGCCAAACAGAUGUAACCCAACUGGUGGCUUUCCUGCCCUAAAAACAUAACCUAUGUGAAUUAUGCUAUUUGGGAAAUACAUAAACUAUUUGGAUGCAUAGUAUAAGUGUCAUGAAUGUGUUGUGACAUUGGUUGGAAAAUGGCAAUAAAAAUUUAUUUCGCAAACGUACCAAUUAGGCACCUCGUAAUGAUUAGCCAUCACCACUUUGUUAGAAUUUACUGUAUAAAGAAGAUAUACAGUGUUAAGUAGAAACAAAGCUCAUUCGAUGUCAGCGUUGCCAAAACGUCAUCUUAACCAAACGAUGAUAAUGUUUCGCAGCAAUCUUUUGUAAAUGUACAACUAUUAAAGAUCCAUGUGCUAAUAAGUGUUUACUGUUUCGAUGGCGCAUCCGAUGAGUGCAUGUGUGCAUCUAAAAAUGAAAUUAUUUCAUGAAAAAUGCAAUGUAAAAUGUUAUUUUGAUGCUGUGUGCAUAUAUGUACAGUCGUCAGAACUUGUAUAGAUUAAUAGCGUUCUACUUAAUUACAAACCACAUAAAUCUGAACCAUCGAGAAUCAAAUUAAUAAUUCAAAUGAGAACUAUUUUUCUCGAAUAAACGAAUUAAACAUGUUUCAA